AUGGGGUUCCUUAAUUGUUUUUGUCAUCUGAAAUGUAUCCAUUCCCUGCUUCUCAUAUCCCUUUUGUUCACUCUCUGUAUUCAUUCCUCAUCCGCAAAUACGUUUAUUGUCCAUAUGGAUAAGUCCUUGAUGCCCAAAGUCUUUUCAAGUCACCACAGCUGGUACUCCUCCGUUGUUGAUUCUCUGAAAUCAACAAACAAUCCUCAAUCCUUACCAUCCCUCAUCUACUCUUAUGAUGGUGGAGCUCAUGGUUUUAGUGCCGUUCUAUCUGCGGAUGAACUAGAAAAACUGAAAAUGUCUCCAGGAUUUCUCUCGGCUUAUCCUGACCGGACUGUCACAGUCGAUACAACUCAUACCCCAGAAUUCUUGUCUCUCCACACAUACUCCGGGCUAUGGCCUGCUUCAAACUAUGGUGAAGAUGUCAUCAUUGGUGUUAUUGACACUGGUGUUUGGCCGGAGAGUGAGAGCUUCAAAGAUGAUGGUAUGAGUCCAGUUCCAUCCAGGUGGAAAGGCAAAUGCGAGGAAGGCCAGGAAUUCAACUCCUCCAUGUGUAACUCCAAGUUAAUUGGAGCUAAGUAUUUCAACAAGGGUGUGAUUGCAGCACACCCUGGAAUUAACAUAAGCAUGAAUUCUGCUAGAGACACCGCUGGUCAUGGAACACAUACUUCCUCCACUGCAAGUGGGAAUUAUGUUGAUGGAGUAUCUUUUUUUGGUUAUGCUGAAGGCACAGCAAGAGGUAUUGCCCCACGGUCCAAGGUGGCAAUGUACAAGGUCAUAUGGGAUGAGGGGCGCUAUGCGUCUGAUGUUCUUGCAGGUAUGGAUGAGGCUAUUCGUGAUGGUGUCGAUGUGAUAUCCAUAUCUAUGGGGUUUGAUGGAGUACCACUGUAUGAGGAUCCUAUCGCAAUUGCCUCAUUUUCUGCCAUGGAGAAAGGUGUGCUUGUCUCUUCAUCAGCAGGGAAUGAGGGGCCACAUUUAGGGAAUUUGCACAAUGGAAUCCCAUGGGUCCUGACAGUAGCAGCUGGCACCAUAGAUCGUUCUUUUGCAGGAAUUGUGUCUCUAGGAGACGGGAAAACCAUCACUGGAUGGACCUUGUUUCCAGCUACUGCUUUAGUUCAAAACCUUACAUUGAUUUACAACAAAACUUUAUCAGCAUGCAAUUCAAGCGUAUUGUUAUCUAACGCCCCAGUUGGGAUCAUCAUAUGCGACAAUAUCGGUUCUUUUUACAAUCAAGUCAAUGAAAUCACGGUGUCAAGGGUGCAAGCAGCAAUAUUUAUUUCAGAUGAACCUGAACAAUCCAGUAUGCCCUGUCCUGGUGUUGUGAUUAGCACCGAGGAUGCAGCUUCUCUUAUAAAAUAUGUCACAAGCAAUAAAGAUCCUAAAGCUAGCAUUAAGUUUCAGCAGACCAUUCUAGGAACAAUGCCUGCUCCAGCCGUGGCCUCUUACACUUCGAGAGGUCCAUCACCAAGCUAUCCUGGCGUCUUAAAACCAGAUAUAAUGGCACCCGGUUCUCUUGUCUUGGCGGCUUAUAUUCCCAACAGUUAUGCAGCUUCAAUAGGGAAUUAUAUAUUCUUAUCUAGUAACUUCGCAAUGCUCUCUGGAACAUCCAUGGCGUGUCCGCAUGCUUCUGGUAUAGUCGCACUCUUAAAAGGUGCACACCCUGAGUGGAGUGCAGCGGCUAUAAGGUCUGCCUUGGUGACCACUGCAAAUCCAUUAGACAACACUAUGAAACCAAUCAGGGACAAUGGUGAUGUUAGUUUGUCUUUUGCUUCACCGUUAGCAAUGGGAGCAGGCCAAAUUGAUCCAAAUCAAGCACUGGAUCCGGGUUUGAUCUACGAUGCAACCCCACUAGACUACGUGAAUCUUUUGUGCACCAUGAACUUCACCCAGAAACAAAUCAUGACCAUCACAAGAUCCAAGAGCUACGAUUGUUCGAAUCCAUCUGCUGAUCUGAAUUACCCGUCUUUUAUUGCUUUAUGCGAUCCCAAUGUGUCAAAAGCUACAUUCAAAGUAUUUAGCAGGACAGUGACGAAUGUGGGACAAGGUUCUGCAACUUACAAGGUUAAGAUAGUGCAGCCUGAGGGUUCAACCAUCACUGUUUCGCCAAAGGUAUUGGUCUUCGGAAAAACAUAUGAGAAGCAAACCUUUAGUGUAACUAUAAAUUGCAGCAGUAACAAUAACGGGAAAGUUCCAUUUGGUGAAGUUGUUUGGAUUGAAGAAAAUGGAAAACACAAAGUUAGGAGCCCUGUUGUGGUGUCACCCGUACCUGCUGUAACUUACUAG